AUGUCAAUACCUAGCAGUGUUGGUGACAACGUCCCAGAGACCUUCCUGUCCACCUCCCGUCUCGCCCCGUCCACCUCCCGUCUCGCCCCGUCCAUCUCCCGUCUCGCCCCGUCCACCUCCCGUCUCGCCCCGUCUCGCCCCGUCCACCUCCCGUCUCGCCCCGUCCACCUCCCGUCUCGCCCCGUCCACCUCCCGUCUCGCCCCGUCCAUCUCCCGUCUCGCCCCGUCCACCUCCCGUCUCGCCCCGUCUCGCCCCGUCCACCUCCCGUCUCGCCCCGUCCACCUCCCGUCUCGCCCCGUCCACCUCCCGUCUCGCCCGUCCACCUCCCGUCUCGCCCCGUCCACCUCCCGUCUCGCCCCGUCCACCUCCCGUCUCGCCCCGUCCACCUCCCGUCUCGCCCCGUCCACCUCCCGUCUCGCCCCGUCUCGCCCCGUCCACCUCCCGUCUCGCCCCGUCCACCUCCCGUCUCGCCCCGUCCACCUCCCGUCUCGCCCCGUCCACCUCCCGUCUCGCCCCGUCCACCUCCCGUCUCGCCCCGUCCACCUCCCGUCUCGCCCCGUCUCGCCCCGUCCACCUCCCGUCUCGCCCCGUCUCGCCCCGUCCACCUCCCGUCUCGCCCCGUCCACCUCCCGUCUCGCCCCGUCCACCUCCCGUCUCGCCCCGUCUCGCCCCGUUCACCUCCCGUCUCGCCCCGUCUCGCCCCGUCCACCUCCCGUCUCGCCCCGUCCACCUCCCGUCUCGCCCCGUCCACCUCCCGUCUCGCCUGUCCACCUCCCGUCUCGCCCCGUCCACCUCCCGUCUCGCCCCGUCCACCUCCCGUCUCGCCCCGUCUCGCCCCGUCCACCUCCCGUCUCGCCCCGUCCACCUCCCGUCUCGCCCCGUCCACCUCCCGUCUCGCCCCGUCCACCUCCCGUCUCGCCCCGUCCACCUCCCGUCUCGCCCCGUCCACCUCCCGUCUCGCCCCGUCUCGCCCCGUCCACCUCCCGUCUCGCCCCGUCCACCUCCCGUCUCGCCCCGUCCACCUCCCGUCUCGCCCCGUCCACCUCCCGUCUCGCCCCGUCCACCUCCCGUCUCGCCCCGUCUCGCCCCGUCCACCUCCCGUCUCGCCCCGUCUCGCCCCGUCCACCUCCCGUCUCGCCCCGUCCACCUCCCGUCUCGCCCCGUCCACCUCCCGUCUCGCCCCGUCCACCUCCCGUCUCGCCCCGUCCACCUCCCGUCUCGCCCCGUCCACCUCCCGUCUCGCCCCGUCCACCUCCCGUCUCGCCCCGUCCACCUCCCGUCUCGCCCCGUCCACCUCCCGUCUCUCGCCCCGUCCACCUCCACGAACGUUGUGUUUCAGCAGUCGGAUUCUCAGCUGA